AUGAUCGCUUCGGCUCCAGAGUGGUAUGGCCGCUCGUCUUUCGGUCCUCGAUUGCUUGGCGAAUGGCGCGCCGUGUUCCUCUACAUCCUCCUGAGCCUCGGAACGGAGUUCGCCGUCUGGCGAGUCCCUCGACUCGUGGGCGCCGUGGUCGCCAUCUCCGUCGGCUUCUGCCUGGGGCCGAUAUUCCCCAUCGCGAUGAACAACUCGGGCCGUAUCCUGGCCCCUAGGUUCAUCUCCGGCUCUGUCAGCUGGAUGGCAAGCUCUGGCUCUACGAGUGAGGGCGGUGUUUCCAUUCGUCACCGGGGAAAUUUCGGCUGA